AUGUUGUCUUCAUCUACAAGAUUACAUGCAUCGCCUUUCUCCACUCCUCCUCUGCUCUACGACACCAUCGCUACAUCUCCAUUCACCAAUCGCCGCAUCUGUCUUCAGAGGCAUCUCCCAGCAUCAUCUUCCUAUGGUCAUCUGAGUCGUCGUCGCCAUCGGCUUCCUGGGCACCAUCGCCGUCCCAAUCGCCAACAUCAGCCAUCAAAUCGAGGACAGUCGAGCCACCAUCGAGAUUUGAUUGGCCAUCGUCAUCGUCGCCCAAUCUCUAUCACUGUCGCCAACAAGAACGGAAAAGGUCGAACGGAGAAGUGGGGUUCGCAGCUUAGACGGAGACAUGGAGUUUUGAGCGAAGGAGAAGAAGAGGAAUCGUGA